AUGUCAGACGACAAAGUGAUCGUUCACGACGACACAUUAGAAAAGGCAAGGUUUCCGCGUGUCCUUGUUUGGGAAAUAUACGCAGACGGCGCCGAACCGUAUCCCGGUUUAACGAGGCUUCAAACUCGUGCCAAAAUUGUUGUUCAAAACUAUAGAAUGGAAAUGCCGAAGGAUACACCGAAAAGUGUCGCUGAAAUAGUCUACUCGUGUUGGGAAAAAGAUCCAGCAAAACGACCGGAGAUGUCGCGAAUAUUUCGAAUGUUGCGUGAUAUCAGCGAUCGGUCCAAGUCCGGUAAUUAA